GCCCCGCCCAUAAGUAUCCAUAGUAACCCAAACAAUGGAUUGGGUCAUGAAGAAGGGUCCCAGUGUCCCCUCAGCCUCUCCCUCCAUGGCCACUACACCGACUACUGGAGCUAGUCGAAAUGGCUGUGAUGAAGGGAGCUGUCUGCUUGGAAACGAUGGCAAGUGUGUGGAGAAUGCUACAUCACUUCUCUCUGCAUUGAAGAAGCAACUGGAGCUAUGGCAUGAAUCAUUUGAGAAAGGGUUUGUAGUACCAAGUGUGUCAAGUGGACUAGCAGGAAAUAGAUCCAGCAGCAGGCUAAAAAUAACUAGUCCAGAUCAUAAAACUGAAGGAGAGUCUGAUACAGCUACUAGUAAAACCGAGAGUAAAACUAAAAAGCUUCAGGUCCGUGGUGUCCAUACAGGCAUUGCAAGGAAACUAAGCAAGACAGCAACUGACUCAAGUGCUGUACAGCAUGCAGAUCAGUUUGACUGGUCAACUGCAGAUCAAGCGAUAGCUAGGUCACUGAGUUUGAUCAUGAGGCUAGAAAAGGAUAGGAAGGAGACUGUUGGCUUGCUUGAAGAGGAGAAAUCAAAGGUUAAAGACAUGAGGGCAAAGCUGGAUGCAAAGGCUGCCGAAAGGUUGAAAAUACUAGCAAAUAUAGUGCAAAAAGAGCAUGAACAAUGUCUUCAAGAUAUGCUUGAAAUGAAAUGGCAUGCUGGCUUUGAAGGACGUCACCUCAAGCAGAUACAAGACGACGUCAAACUAAUCAUCGACAAGAAUGUUAAACUGAAGCAAAGUGUUGACCUUCUCAACAAGCAGUCUUCAUUAUUGCAAGAGAAGAUACAGGAACAGGCAGCUAAUAUGGCUGUUAUAGUCCACAAGCAAACGGAGACUAACCAAGAGCUCGGAAACAGACAAGAAGACUAUGCAAAAAUGAAAAGAAAGCUGCAUCAAGCUAAAGAAAAUGCUGAAGCAGAGAUCAAACAAAUGGAACGUGUAAUAAAAGAACUCCAAAGGAAAGUUGAUGUAGUUCAGAAGGAUUUAAAGGAAUCCAUAGCUACCAAGGAAUCAAUAAUAGAAGGCAUUGAACAAGCUAAAACAGCGAAAAUGGCUUACAAGCAAGAAAAAGAAAUAAAAGACAGUGAACUUCAUGAACUUGAGACCAAACACAAGAAAAUUACGCAUGAAGUUAAAGUUCUCUCGGAACAUGUGCAAGAUCUCGAUAGAGAGAUAGAUAUCCUCAAUGUGAACUUAAUUGGGCUUGGAGUAGAGCAGAAAGAGCAUGAGAUGACAUUAAGCAAAAAAGAUGGAGUACUUCAGGCUCAAGUCCAGUCAAGGACAAAGGAGAUGAGAGAGUGUAGAGAGAGCAAUGAGAACAUGCACCAUGAAAUAGAAGAAAUGAAAGAACAAACUACUCUUAGUUAUAAGAAAAAUGCUGAUGCUCAAAAAACAAUAAAAACAGCUGAGAAAGAGUUGCGAAAAGUUGACAAGCAGUUGACAGUUAUCCAUGAGCAAACAGAAGCAGCUAGGAUCAAGCAUAGAGAGCUUGUACUGGAGCUAAGAGAAAAAGAAGACCUUUAUGAUCAUGAGGAGUAUAACCUCAAAAGCAUCAUACAGUCACUCAAGGAAGAACUUCAUAAAGAGACAAAGUCAAGAAGGAUCUUUCAAAGCAAAGUCGCUGCAAAUACGGAAGACCUAGAGAAAAUGAAAGCCGAGCACAGACGACAGUUUGAGAAGGUGACACUGGAAUCGGCUGAAGCAGACGCUAAAAGAAGUGAAGGGACUGAAGUAGUUGAAGAAUUAAUGCAAAAAUUGAAGCAAAUCAAAGAAGUCGAGGAUGACUUAACUGCUAAGCUAAAAGCAUUGAAUGAAGAGAUUGAAACACUGGAAAAAGAAAUGGGAGACAGAAUUAAUAUUCUGACACCACAAAAUACAGAGCUUGAAGUGACUGCAAAAGAAAAGAAAAGCAGAUUAAAGGACGUCAAAGAAAAGAUUGCUUAUUUUAAUGAGAAAUUAAGGGACACUCAUACAAGCCAAAUGACUGUGGACAGGAUGAGAGGAGAAAUAGAGAAAGGGAUAGAAACAUUUUCAUUACAGAAAGCUGAGCUCGAGGAGAGAUUGGCUGAAGAAGAAGAGAUAGAAAAGUCAUGGCAACUUGAAUUUGAAGAAAUAUCAAACUUCUCUCAAACAUCAGAUGAAAAAUAUGAAACCUACACUCAAGAAAGAGAAGAGCUUUUCAGUUACUUGGAUAGUGAAACAAGCUCUGCUUUAUUAACAAACAGAGAAUUGGCAUCAGCUUAUGAGGAAUGGCGAGACAAGCAUGCCAAAACAAAGAGAGGAGCACUGAGAUCAAUGGAAAGGAAACUAGUGCUAGAAACAGCAAUGAAAGAUAAAGUACAGUUACAUGCUCUGCAAUCGAAACUGAAUCAAACUCUACAGGCUCACUAUCAGCAUAGAGGCAAUACUGGUAGACAAGCUAUUAAAUCAGUCAAGAUGACAAGGAGCAACACUAUAAGUAUUAUAUCAGGAAUAGAUGCUGAGCUAGACCAAUUGUUGAAGGAAAUGAAGAGCUUUCUAGACAGAUUUGACGAGGAGCAGAUAGCUUUAAUACAGAAAGGCCAGGAACCAGAGUCAGCACAGGAUAGUGAUGGAAUAUUUUCAAAAAUGACAAAAUCAACUAAAAAUAAAGAUAAAUCAGUUUCAUUUGCAAUACCUUUGGAAUGUUCAUAAACAUAAUAAUAAUUAUUAUAAUUGCUAUUAUUUUCAUUCAUUCAUUCAUUCAUUCUUUGUGUUAUUGGGCUGCCCACGUGCAUAAACGUGGAUAGCAAC